UGUAUAGUGGAAAGGAUGGAAAAGGUAUUGAUUUGUUGCUAAUUGGAAGCGAAUAGAAUCCCCGGAUAAUAAGCAGAGAGAAAUCCGAUUUUACCGAACACACCCAUAAACAUACAGAUUUGGCUAUUAGCAAUGACAUAUAAACGGCUAAAUAUCCUCAAAUUCUUGAAUUCAAUAAGUGGGAAUCAUAACCAAUGAAUCUGAUUAUCAAAAAAUUGAAUAGAGCUUACCAAAGCUAUGUUUAUUGGUCACCUAUUCCGGUGAUGUCUAAGACUGAGACAUACAUAUUCAAUAGUUUUGUAUUGGCCUUGGUUACAUUUACUUUUUAUUGGUUGAUUGUGAUUACACCACCAAUUGCCAUUGCCAGCUUUGAAAGAUUUGUAUAUUAUAUCACCGGACACUCUCUUAGUAUUAAGGUGAUGCUCAGUUUAUUAAUACUGAAGAAUCUAUUCCAAUUUUAUACUAAAUAUAAUGAAAGCCCCAAAAAUAAUUCAAUUAAUGAUGGGUCUAAUGUUAAGAAAAUCUUAACCUUGAUUAGAUUAUAAUUUUUAAUAAUUUUUACGUAAUUACGAAUGAUGUUUAUAUACCGAAUAAUCCAUAAUCUUUAAUUUUUAUGUUUUCACUUACCAGCUUGAUUAAUUGUAAUUGUUCUUCUACGUAGCUAUUCUUUUCGUUUUCCUUGACCGGGGUUUUCAAUGGGAUAUUACUUGUAAUCAAGAUAUCUGUUUCUAUAUUAGAGAACCUUAAUAUAUUAACACUCAUUAAGAUUUGAUAUUGACCUUGGGGGGUAUCUUUAUGGGUACUUAGUAAAUAACUUACAAGGUUUUCUUGUUCAAAUACUAAUUUGGGCCCCCAUUCAAUAUCUUGUGGUUCCACCAAGUCCUUUAAAUGCUCUCCGAUUGC